UGCUGACUCUGCUUGGACUGUGCAUUAUAUUGAAGGUCUUGGGCUAACGUUUGGAGGUUUGUGACCAAUCUGGGAGAGUGAGGGAGGUGGCAGUUGAUCUGAUUUCACGCGGAGAAAGACAGCAAUGGCAGCAGCAGCAGCUCAUAGAGUCAUCGUGUAUGGAGGAAAGGGAGCUCUGGGCACUAAGUGUGUUGAGUUUUUUAAGUCCAAGCACUGGUGGGUGGCCUCCAUUGAUCUAACGUCUAACGAAGAAGCGAAUGCAAAUAUCAUCGUGAAGAUGAGCGAGUCGUUCACUGAGCAGGCGGAGCAGGUUACCACAGAGGUUGCCAGUCUUCUUGGGGAACAGAAGGUGGAUGCCAUUAUCUGUGUAGCAGGAGGGUGGGCUGGUGGCAGUGCAAAGGCAAAAUCUCUUUUUAAAAACGCUGACUUGAUGUGGAAACAGAGUGUGUGGACAUCAACAAUCUCCAGUCAUUUAGCUACAAAACAUCUGAAAGACGAUGGCUUGUUGACACUGACAGGGGCAAGUCCUGCUUUGAAGGGUACAGCAGGAAUGGUGGGCUAUGGCAUGGCAAAGGCAGCUGUUCAUCAGCUCUGUCAGAGUCUAGCUGGAGAGAAAAGUGGAAUGCCCCCUGGAUCUUCAGCACUUGCAAUUCUGCCUGUUACCUUGGACACGCCAAUGAAUAGGAAAUCAAUGCCUAAUGCAGAUUUCAGCUCCUGGACACCAUUAGAAUUGGUUGCUGAAACCUUAUUUAAUUGGACCUUCAAAGAAACCAGACCCACUUCAGGAAGUCUUAUUCAGCUUAUUACAACUGAGAGCAAAACUGAACUGAUUCCUGCUCAACUUUAAGGUGGAAUUACUGUUGUAAAAGUAUCAAUUGAGAAAUCAGUUUUUUUUUAAAGAAGUGCCAUUAGCAUGUUUAGAUCAAGUUGAAUGUUAAAUUCCAAUUUGGUGGGUGAUAGAAAAAUCAAAUAUUUGAUUGGAAAGUUACAGUUUACUGGCUCCUGUACAUAGUUGCCAGUUUUUCCUAUUUAAUUAUUUUGGCUUUCCUGCACCUCUUACUUUUCUUGUCUAAUUAAAUGCAAUAACUUACUUUUAUCUCUUUUUAAUGCACGAUGCACCCACAGAGUUAUUUGGAGAAAGAAAGUCAAUUUUCACUGCCCAAAACCUCCUUGUGUCUCAUUUACUUGAGAUAUAUUGCUUAACAAUAUCAUGUGUGCUUCACUGUAAUAAAUCCUAUUUCAUGUCAAAAUGGCCCAUUUAAAUGUACAGAUGGAUUUUAAACUUUUAUGGUCAAGCUCACUCCCAAAAUGUUUAACAUCACAAAAUUCCAAAAGGGUGAACAUCCUGAACAGAAUUCCUACUGGUGGAUGAUUUUGGUUUGAUGCAACAAAUUAUUUUGAGUAAUACAUUCAAUUCAGUGGAAUCCUUUAGAAUUGCAUUGAAAUUUUAUCCUCCCUGUAACUGGGGCAUAAUGGAGGGCAAUACCAAACAUUCAUAUUUUCAAGAUUGCCACAUCACAAGAGGAAUAUAAACAAAUUUAAGAUCCAUGUGAUUUUUAAAAAAGAAGGCAUUACCAGAAACCGUCAAUGGACAGAACAGUCACAGAUACUGACUGUAUUAAUUUAGACCACUACCUCAUUGCUUGCAUCUCGUUAUUUGUUCUUUUCCUUUUCCAGCGAGAUCCUGGAAUCAGCAUUAUAUUUUUCUUAGAUUCAACACUCAAUAUUAAUUCUAAAGUCAAAAGUUACUGGUAUUCACAAACACUGGAAGUGCUAGUUAAUUCCUCCUGUCAUUUAGUUUACAUGUGCUUGUAAAGUUAUCUUCUUUGAUGCAAAUCAAGAUUGUCUGUUCCAUAUGUUUGAGCAAAAUGUGAGAAGUAUUGUUUAUUUAAAGACCAUUUACUUUCCGUAAGUGCUUUGAGGCUUUCAAAAUCAGUUUCCAUAAUUCAUUUUAAUUUAAAAUAUUCUAGGAUGUCAAUAUUGGUGUGUGAAUAUAUUUGUGAAUGACUAGAAUGAAAACGUAGUAGAAAAACAUGUAUUUUAUCUAAUUUUUUUUAACAAGUCCUGUUUUCCAACUGACAGGAAUGUAACUAGUUCCUUAGUACAGUAUUUACUAUUCUCAAACUGGUUACCAGAGUCUUAGGGCAGAUAAUUCAUUCAGUUGCCCAUGAAUUGUUACUUUUUUUCUCUCAUUCUCUUUUCAUGCCCCAGGCCAGUGAGUUGAGGUAUAGUCCAUAGAAACUAUAUGGAUGAAUCUAGUCUAAUUAUAUGGAAAAUUUAUCUUAAAAAUAAUAAAACUCAUCAAGUGUCACCAAGUGUGAAAAUAAAAAGAAAAUUUACUAAUCUGUCAGUUUUAUAGUCCAGUCCAUUUGUCAGGUCGGAACCAUUUCUGUUUUAAACUUUCUGACAAGUGCUGUUGUUUUGUUUGUCUGUGUGUGUUUCUAGGUAUAACUGUACCAAUACAAACAUGUUACUGCUUUGCACAAAUGUAUUUUUGUAUCUUGUUGCCAUGUACAUCUUGACUCAUGAUGUUGUGUAAAACGGAGAUAUUAAGAUUUGCAUUUGAAUGCUAUAGCUUGUCGUGAAUAAAGCGAAUAUAUAUUUC